GCUUCUGCCUUACAUUACGGACCCUCUCCCCUCCUUUCCACCGGAGAGGAAAUCCAAUCCUACAGAAACCCAAAUUCAGCACACCACGAUUGCCUUCCUCUAGUUUCUCUUUGCCCAUUUGUUUCUUCCUUUUCCCCCCUCCCUCUCCUUCCCCUUCGGAAUUUCUGCCCUCCUCCCGUCCAUGUCGUUGGGUGGUCCAGGCAACCAGCCAAGCGGCAGUCCCAGAAAAGUGGGGCCCACCGCCACCGCUAGACGACGGGUGGAGACUGAUAACAGACCUUUCAAUUCUAAUUCGAACGAUGAAGAAGACAAUCCCAACGGUUAUACUCCCACCUCCGGGUCCCACCACCACACUCACCACCAUCACCAUCCAGUGAUUAGGUACCUGUUGAUUCGCAGGAAGUGGGUUCCGGAGACGCGGGUGAUUUGCAUAGAGGAUGCGUAUCUAAAGACGGUGGCGAUUGCGCGGAGCUUGAGAUCUGGGAGGCACUUGGGUCGGAAGAUAAUGGGGGUGCUCAUGUUCAUGGUCGUUGUUUCGCUGUUUCUGAAAGUGUCGUUUCUAGGAAGUCCAGCGGAAGAGGUGAAGGAAACUGGAAGGAGAGAGAAUGGGCUCCUGAAAUUGCAGACGUUCAAAGAGGACGGUGCCAUGGCUCAACGCGCUGUGACAGAGGCACAGACAGAAACCGAUACUGAUCUGCACUCCAUGCCCACACGCGUCUUGGAGAAGGUAGAUAUUCCAGAAAUUUGGAGGAAACCCAACAGUGACAAUUAUUAUCAAUGUGUAUCUCGACCGAGAAAUCUGAUGAGGGCUAAGAAAACGAAUGGAUAUAUUCUUGUUCAUGCCAAUGGUGGAUUGAAUCAAAUGAGAACAGGAAUAUGUGAUAUGGUUGCUGUGGCCAAGAUAAUGAAUGCCACUCUUGUUCUUCCUUACCUAGAUCAUGAGUCGUUUUGGACAGAUCCAAGUGACUUUAAAGACAUUUUUGAUUGGAGGCACUUCAUGAAUGUUUUGAAAGAAGAUAUUGAGAUUGUUGAGUAUGUACCCCCCAAGUAUGCAGCGGUGAAGCCACUUCUCAAGGCCCCUGUUUCCUGGUCAAAGGCUAGUUAUUAUAGAAAGGAGAUGCUUCCAUUGCUAAAGAAGCAUAAGGUGAUUAAGUUUACGCACACUGAUUCACGACUUGCCAACAAUGGACUUGCAGCCUCCAUCCAAAGGCUUAGGUGCCGUGCCAAUUAUGAAGCACUCAGAUAUACAAAAGAGAUUGAGGACCUUGGAAAGAUUUUAGUUGAUAGACUUAGGAGCAAUAAUGAGCCAUAUAUUGCUUUACACCUAAGAUAUGAGAAGGAUAUGCUUGCAUUCACAGGCUGUAACCAUAACCUCACUGCAUUGGAGGCUGAGGAACUUAGGGUUAUGAGGUACAAAACCCAGCAUUGGAAAGAGAAGGAAAUAGACAGCAAAGAAAGGCGACUUCAGGGGGGUUGUCCAAUGUCCCCUAGAGAAGCUGCAUUGUUCCUCAAGGCCAUGGGUUACCCUUCCACAACACCUAUCUACAUAGUUGCAGGGAAGAUUUAUGGCAGCAAUAGCAUGGCAGCCUUUCGUGCAGAGUACCCUAAUGUAUUCUCCCAUUCUGAUCUAGCAACUGAAGAGGAGUUAGAGCCCUUUAAGCCAUACCAAAAUCAAUUGGCUGCCUUGGAUUACAUUGUGGCACUUGAAAGUGAUGUCUUUGUUUAUACAUAUGAUGGGAAUAUGGCAAAGGCAGUGCAGGGGCACAGAAGGUUUGAAGGAUUCAGGAAGAGCAUUAAUCCUGACAGGCAAAAUAUUGUUAGACUCAUCGAUCAGCUAGAUGAAGGUAUGAUAUCAAGGGAAGAGUUCUCAUCAGAGAUUAAGAGAUUGCACUCAGAAAGGCUUGGAGCACCACAUCUUAGACAGCCAGGAGAGUCACGGAGGCUGGAGGAGAACUUUUAUGGAAACCCUCUUCCCGGAUGUAUUUGUAACAGGUCUCAGGAGAAAAUCAGUAGCCUGAAAUAUGACCAGAGACUGAGUUUAAGGGAUUCAGUCAAAAGAUAGGGGGUCUAGUUAGUGAAGAAAUUUGUCCUUGGUUCAUACACAAUACCCUUCACAGGGGUGGCUGAUACUGGGUUCUCGAAUUACACAAUUUCUUCCUACUUUGGGGACUAGUAGUAGCCUCACCUUCAGCAAGGGGGAGAGGGGGCAUCUUCACAGUUUUGUUAAGGGGGUCUUACAAACAACUCGGAGAAGCAGAGAGGAUUUUUUUUUUUUUUUCCUGGUGCAAAUCGGGAUAUACAACAGAUUAUACGGGCAGAGAAAUACUUGUUACUUUGGAAUCACAAUAUUUCAUUUAUUCAUUAUUCUUUUCUUAAUUUAGUAUUCAAAAUAUUGUUGCUAGAUUCCACACAAUAUGAAAAUGGGUGUAAUUCCGUGUAUAGUUGUUCAUAACGGAAUUUGUUUGCCACAUGUUCUGCAUUCAGAUUCUUAAGCAGUUGCUGUUGAUAUUCCACUACCAUCUAUGUUUGGACCUUCCAGGCAGCCCUUUUUCCAAUAUAAAUUCUAAUCUUUG